AGCGGGGGAGAGCUAUAUAAUGACCUCGUCGACUGGCGCCUGGUCUUUAGGCGAUCCUCCGCUUCCCCUUCGCAUCCCGCGGUCGACAGGCAAGAGUCUCCACCGUCAGAAUGGCAGCACGCUCUUUCUCUCGUUUGGUCACCCUUGUCUCUCUCCUCUGUAGCACCGCGUUCGGCGCCUUUGGAGCACCCUCCGCUACGGAAGAGCAUAGCGUUGCGCCUCUCAGGAAGCGCUUCACCCCUUCUGCGCCGUACUUUGUCGAGUAUUUCGACAAGGGCACGUCAGGUAUAACAGGCGCGCCCAAUGUAUCGGACGUGACGGGAUACAAUGUCUUCAUUAUCGCGUUCUUGCUCACUGAGGGAGCUUGGGACAACGCUCAAGGCUGGUCUUCGCUGACAGCGGACGAACGCAGCUCGACGAAGACAGCCUAUAACAAUGCUGGAAUCGCGCUUAUGGUGUCCUGCUUUGGUUCCUCUGACACCCCGACGUCCAGUAAUGCCGAUCCGACUGAUACGGCCAACACGAUGGCGGCAUGGGUGAAACAAUAUGACCUUGACGGCAUUGACGUUGAUUACGAGGACUUCGACGCGUUCGACGCCGGGACUGCGGAAGCAUGGCUCGUUACGUUCACUACUCAGCUGCGCAACCAGCUCCCUGCGGGCGACUACAUCAUCACGCACGCACCUGUUGCGCCUUGGUUCUCGUCAAGCCUAUGGAGCAACGGCGGCGGCUACCUCCAAGUGAACAAAGUAGUUGGUAACUUAAUUGACUGGUAUAAUGUCCAGUUCUACAAUCAGGGCACCUCAGAGUAUACCACAUGUGAUGGUUUACUCACGAACUCUAGCUCUACCUGGCCGGAGUCAGCUCUCUUCCAGAUCAUAAGCAGCGGCGUCGACCAGGCCAUGCUAGUCAUUGGUAAGCCUGCAACGUCAGGCGAUGCUAAUUCAGGCUACAUGAGUUCCUCUACUCUGGCCACAUGCGUUGAGCAGGCCAAAAAUCAGGGUUGGGACGCCGGUGUCAUGGUCUGGGAGUAUCCCGAUGCUGGGACGCCGUGGAUCACGGCGGUGCGCGCAGAUUCUUGGCCGGUCUCGUAAGUUGGCCGCCCACAGUAACUGCUUGAAGAUACCCAGUCAGCCACGGAGCCGUCUGGAAACGGUCUCUUUGUACAUGUCUCUCCUUAACACCGAACUACCAGUAGAGGU